AGAUCUGCACCUAGGUCUAGGUUGCACGGAUUUGGGUCUUCAUUACCGCCUCCCGCACCGGAAUCAUCGCAGGCACGGAUUUGCCGGCGGGGACGGCAGUUGGCGUACUGGAAACGCACCUGGAUCCGCAAACUUCUACUCUACUGCCUGGCCGUCGAUUGCUUCUUCCAAAGGAAUCGAUCCAGCCGCCGACUCGUUUGAUCUGUUUCUCCUUUUUCGCCUAACUUCCUCACAUAUAUUCUUCCUCGGAAAGCUCCUACGGCGGACGGAGCUGACGGUGGUGGUGCGGCGGGCGGAGCUGACGGUGGUGGUGCGGCAGAUUUUUUUGACCAAAAAACUGCAGAAUUCCAUCACUAGGUUUUCAAGAUUUACAUUAUCUGCUGGAGAUCAAAGUCCACUCCUUCCUCUUUGUAGAUUUGGCAAAGGUCUCUUUCUGCACGGACUUUCUGCUUUCUCUUCUUUGACUCUAAUGUCUAAUUCACCAAAAUCUUUGCCUCUAUUCACAUCUUCUCUCUGUUUCUCGAUCACGUUUGUUCGUGACUUUUGAGGGCCUCGAUUUGAGGCAAAUAUGAAGCUUGGAAUCGCUUCAUCUUCUCUGCAGUUUUCUUCCCCUGUUGUCCCUCAAUCUCCUUCUGCGUGUCUUAGGAGAGACUGUUGUGAACCGAAUGAAAAGGUUGUCUGUCAAUCUGGGUUUCUCAAUCCUGUCAGAUCAAGGAAGGGUUUUAGGGGUCGUUCGAUAAAGUCUUCUUCUUUUAGUAAUGGGGGUUUGGGUCAUGAGCCCUUUCAAUCUAGGGAUUGUUGCACUGUGAGUGUGAGCAGGAACAAGAAUGGUAAAAAAGGUUCAAUCUUUCCAUCGAAAUUUGAUUUCUUGGACCCUGCAAUGCUUGGAAUCGUGCCCGAACCUCCCCAUUGGCCGGAAAGGGAAGCUGUUCUUUGGGCUCCCAUUGAACAGAAAGCCAAGAAUUUCGAGCUUCCAGUUUCAGUGAGAAUGAUAAAGAAGAAACACCAAUGGGAAGAAACAGCAGCUUCUGUUAGAGAUUCUGCUCAAGACUUGACUUAUAGCUCACUAAGAACGGCGUUCUCUUCCAUGGUAACUAUCAUCACAGAGCUUCAGAGCUGCGCUUUGAAGAUCCGAGAAGAAUUAUGUGAUGAGGAUUUGGAUUUGAUUGUUUCCAAGGCACGGCGGGAGAUGCGUUUGUCUUUUGCAUGGAUAUUUCAGCAAGUCUUUUCGCGGACACCUGAGUUAAUGGUCUCUGUUAUGGUCCUCCUAGCCGAUUUCAGCUUGUACGAAAUGCUACCAUCAGUGUUCAUCACAAAUCCAAAAGUGGGCCUUGAUCAAGAAUUGAGCGAAGCCGAGGAAAGGGUGUGGGACUCAAUUGUGGAUGAAGCAAGGGGUAUGAGAGGUUUGAAUAUAGAAACAAUGGUCGGAUUCGUUUCGCCAUUGGCUGUUGAGAUUGAAUCAGAUGACUUUGUAGAUUACUACAGGACAGAUUUUACGUACCAGAUAAUGUUGUCUCAUGAUCCUCACAGCACGGUUCUUCUCUGCAACUAUGCGCAGUUUCUGCAACUCGUUACACGCGAUUAUGAAAGGGCAGAGGAAUGCUUCAAAAGGGCAAUGCAAGUGAAACCGGAGGAUGCAGAGGUGCUGAGUCAGUAUGCCAACUUCCUGUGGACGGUCAGGAAGGACCUGCCCGGGGCGGAAGAUCUUUACCAACAGGCCAUUGCAGUGGAUGGAGACAUCCGGAAUCCCUAUUACGCGUCUCAGUAUGCUAAUUUCCUGUGGAACACCGGCGGCGAAGAGACAUGUUUUCCCCUAAAUGUUUCUUCCAACAAUAACUAGACUCCAUAUUCUCUAAUGUGAAUACUUAUUGGAAGGGAUUCAGAGAUGGGCUGGUUGAAGACUCAAUGGUUGAGCCCCUUGAAGAAGAUGGUUUUGAGAACCAUAUAAUGAACAUUUGAUUCAAAACUUAGUUUUCCCUUACACAUGUAACCUUGCAAAUUCUAACUUUAUUAUCAUCACUCUCUUCUUUGUUUCUUUAUUGUAUAUUGGGAAUAAGUUAUUUCAUGGUAUGAUGGGUCUGCAAAUUCUAAUAAAUGCAUGUAGUACUACCUCUUAGAGCUGCACAAUAAACAGACCUGGUUGUU